UGCCAACCGACGCAGGUUUAUGUUCCCGAAUAGAGUGGAGACCUUGGGGAAAUAAACGGAACGCCAGAUGUGGAGAUGAGACGUGGAUAUCUGAGAGGAAACGUCCGGAGACGUCUCUGGCGGCCAGCCCCUCUGAAGUCCCAGAGUGACUGGCCGGAGGUUGCAGUCUGUUCUCACGCUGAGUCUUGGGAGACCAGGCAGCCAUAACAACAUGGUGAAACAAAACACAGACUCACAACGGCCUUCCGUAUCCAAGACAGCCAGUGGCUCCCAGAUAUCCAGACUAAAAAAUCUGAGCCUGCUGGAUGGACCUGGACUCGGGCAAGAGGACACCCCUGCGCCGUCUUCAGAGCCCCCCACAUUUAGCCAUGGCCAGGUGGGCUUCCCGGAUCCUGUCUACCUGCUGGCAGCGGUCAUCUUCCAAAACACUCACCUAAAGAAAUCUGCUUCCCACCGGUUGGUCAGUUAUGGCAAGCAGAUGGGUUUGACCUUACCUGAGGUCAAGGAUGAGGCGUUGAAACAAAGUGCGUAUGAGCUGGCCUUCAACACACUGAAAUACCAAGAGCUCCUGGAAGACGUCAUGAUUGACAGCUGUUUUUACCUCUCUCAACCAAUGCCUGAUGAUCAGAUGAGUUUGGUGGCGGUGAUGCUCUAUGACUUCCAGGACAGGAAGUUCCUCCCUCGAGAACACCAGGGGGAGGAGCUUUUACAGGAAGUCAGCGAGGUGGAGAACUGUCUGCUCGGGUUUAAGACCAAGCUGGCAGCUGCACUGGCUCGCUGCAGGAUCAAACGUGACCUGCUAUCCAUCGACUGCAUCCUCCCUGAGGCUGUGAGGAACAAACAGGACCGAGCCCAGAGGCUGCCCUUCUACGCAUGGGUCAACACUUUCAAGAGCAGCCUUGAUGAGGUGUUCAGAGUCCUGAAGCAAGGGGGAUUCUCGCAGGUGAAUUGUGUGGAACAGUUGGGGGGGGUGUCCUUCUGCCAGGACCUCCACUGUGCAGACACCUUGGUGUUCCCCCCCCAGGUCAAAGCUGACCUGUACCGCACCAAGCUGCUCAGCAACUAUCAACUCAUCAUACAGGACAAGUCAUGUAGCGUGGGGCCAAGCGUGGUGCCCCCCCUGUUGGCCUCGGAGGGGGACGUCCUGAUGGCGGGCCACUGCUCUGGUCUCACUGUGUCGCACACCGCCUCCCUGGUCGCCCACGGCAACGGCCAAGCUAAAGUCUUUGUCUGCACUGGCGACCGCCCUGCCGCCCAGAGGGCGGAGCUACAGGAGGUCCUCGCCAAAAUGGCAUGCAAUAAUGUGAAGCUGAUCCCGGAAGGCUUUCUGUCUUUGGACCCAUGUCACACGAAGCUCCAGCAGGUCCGUCUCAUCCUACUGACUCCUCAGUGUUCUGUUUCUGCAGUCAGCAACCCUGUGGAGUUUCUACUGCGGGAAAGCGGAGACACGGACCUGCUCCAGGACCUGGCCAAAGGCACCAUAUCCCAGGCCAAGCUUGAUACACUGGUGGACCAGCAGAAGAGGGACAUUAUCCAUGCCCUGAAGUUCCCCAAGGUGCAGACUGUGGUAUAUUCUACCUGCUCCUCUUACCCUGAGGAGAAUGAGGAGGUGGUGAGGAGAGCUCUGGAGCAGGCGAAGCCUACAGAGGGAUCCAACAUACAAGCCUUUCGGCCCAGCUCUUCCAUACCCACAUCUCUGGACCGAGCUGAUGAGGGAGCAGGGGGUCCUUUCUUCAGAGUGGAUGCUUCUGAAGAGAGCAAUGGCUGUUUCCUGGCUGUACUCACUAGAGAGCCAGAGCCGGAGAAGGUUGAGUCUGCACAGGAAGUGCUUGCCAGGGCAGCAGCCAAAGGCCUAUUGGAUGGGAUGGAUUCAAACCAGCCAACCAGGAAGAAAAGGCGUGGCCGGCAGACUUGCCAAGCAACGAUCAGCACCAAUCAUUCCCGCUCGGCUCACACACGCCUCCACGCUGCCACCAGCAGCCAAUCACAGAUCAUUGAGUUUCUAAACCGUGAGACCAAGGGCAGUAGCUCCGCCCCUACAAUCGGGUCAGCCAAUGGAGAUCCAUCAACACAAGGUAAAGUCAGGACUGUUCGUCAGUGCCCUCCCAAGCCCACCUCCUCCUACGGCACCUCUGCCUCCCCUUACUCCUCCCCAAACCCUGCCUAUAGCACCUCCAGGAAGAGCAUGAGUCGUCUUAUCAAUGCUGCGGCCGCCUACAGCAACCGUCGCUCGCCAUCCUCCACAGUUCCCUGCCACCCUGCUACCCGGUCCACCAAAGCCCCCUCGGGCCCCCCAGUCCCCCCUAGAGGUCGUCAGGAAGUACUGCGCCCUGUGGCCCUGACCCUGCCCCCUGUCCUGUUCCCUGACUUCUCCCAGCCAACCAGCAGACUCCAGCCUCAGAGGUCCAGCCCCUCUCUGGCCAUCUACCAGUGGAAGGACUCACACCCUCAGUUUCCCCUGGUAGUGUCCACCAGCAGCAUGAACGAAAAACCUGUAGUCAAACACAGACGCCCUUGGCUCUGAUAUCGGACACAGUACACCGGACACACACACACACCCACACCCACUGUGGUGUCUGUCCACAGUAGUCAGUAUUUUGUGGGGCACCUAUUGAAGCACCUUUAAUAUAAUUAAGCCUGGAUUCAAGGCUUUCCAUUUGUGUCAUUAAACCAGCGUGCCAUAAUUUCAAAUAGAACUGCAUAUAUUUACAGCAGUGCCAAUUACCCAUUAUUAAAAUGCAACACACUGUAUGCAGCUGCACUGACUUAAACUAUUACAUA